GACCGCCUGUCCCCGAGGCAGGUCGGGCGCGGCGCCUUCCGGCCCCACUCGAUGGAUAGCGACGACGACGGCAAUGCCUCCGACUCGGCGAUGGACGAGGGCCACAUCGCGCACGCCCCCGCAGCGAGCAGCGGCCUGCCAUCCGCAGCCAGGCCGCCCAGCAGCGACUUGCGGCCAACAGCGGGAUCCCCCACGGCGUUCAGGGACGCUCAGCGGAGGGGCGGCUCCCCCGGCAGCCCCGCGCCGCUGGGCGCGGAUGCGGCCAUGGGCUGGGCCACCAGGGACCUGGCCUCGAGGCCGAACUCCCCGCCCCGCAGGGCCGCAAGCCCACCUCCGCCCGAGUGGGCGCAGUCACCCGGUCGGCAAGCGAGCAAGUGGAGUCGGACGACGAGUUCUGGGACAGGCACAGGAAGACGGGCGCCAUCGCCCGGCUGGUGA